CAACGAUACACGUGUGAUAAGUUUCGUAGUAGUUUGUUAUCACAGCUUCAUGGACUAUAUACAUUAAGCUUAGCUUGCAAAAGAAACCAUCUACUUAAGCUUCAAUACAAUCAUUCCAGUUCUCUAAAAUGGCAACCAAACUUAACCUCAUUGUUUUCUCCAUUGUUAUGUUACACCUUCUUAUGUCUGUCCAAAUGCAUCCAAUACACUCUAAGUCACCUGCUCCACAACCACAUCCACCACAGUCUCAACCGCAUCACAAUAGCUCUCCAAACGGUACCACUGAAGGCAGUCUUCAGCUCCAAGAAUGUGGGCCAAGGUGUGGACAUAGAUGCUCGAAUACACAAUACAAGAAGCCAUGUUUGUUCUUCUGCAAAAAAUGUUGUACCAAGUGCUUGUGUGUUCCUCCAGGUACGUAUGGCAACAAGCAAGUCUGUCCUUGCUACAACAACUGGAAGACUAAGCUUGGUGGACCAAAAUGCCCUUGAUUUCUCCUCUUAGUUUGUUAGUAAUCUAUCUAUACCAUAAUGUUUAGUUUGUUAGUAAUCUAUCCAUACCAUAAUGUUCUAUCUAUGUGUUGGACUCUUUGGUCUAAUCACAUCAAUAUAUCUACUUCAAAAGCUUACGGCUUCUUAAAUA